CCUAGAGUAAGAAGAGAAAAAAUGAUGAAGACAUCAAGUUUUGACAAUAAUGGAGUGAAGAAAGGUGCAUGGAGUGAAGAUGAAGACAACAAACUAAGAGCCUAUAUCCAAAGAUAUGGCCACUGGAACUGGCGUUUACUUCCUAAGUUUGCUGGCUUAUCUAGAAGUGGGAAGAGUUGCCGGCUGCGAUGGGUGAAUUAUCUUCGCCCAGACAUAAAACAUGGAAAUUUUACAAAAGAAGAAGAAGAUCUCAUCCUUAAGUUACACAAGAAGCUUGGUAACAAAUGGUCAGAAAUGGCUGCAUAUUUACCAGGGAGAAGUGAUAAUGAAAUAAAAAAUCGUUGGCACACACAUUUGAAGAAACGAGCUAAAAAGGACCGAGAGGUCAUAGAAAGUGAACCUGUCCGAACCGUCCAGCCUGAUCAAGCUACCACUAAAGAAAACCUUGUCCGAAAUUCAGAUUUAGAAUUUCAACAAGAUAUUGAAGUUUUAUUAGCCGAAUCACCACUAUCUUCUUCAAGCACCAACUUAUCAUCAUAUUGGUUUAGUGGCUUUGAUUCAUCAGGUUCAACUUCAAGUGAUGAUAUUCUAAAACUAGCUAAUUACACACCAGCAGAAACUUUCUGGACCGAGCCUUUUCUACCAGACAAUAUUGAUAUAAUCGAGUCAUCAAGCGAUAAGUUAUUGGUACCUUCGGAUUUAGUCUACCCAGUUUCUGGCCAAGAAAUGAUUAUGUCCGAUGAGUUUUUAUGGUCAUCCAUGGAUUCAUAUAUUGAAUAUAAUGACAAGUUUAUAGACUGAAGACCAAAUCGAAUAUGUGACUUUUAUUAUAAAUAUUGUUAUGGAGUUACCAAUGCCAUUGUAAUUGGAUUUGGUGAAAUUUACUCCAAAAAAUACAUUGCUACAAAUCUCAACCAUCUGUUCAACCUUACUAAUGUGGAUCUGUAUUUGCAACCAAUUCCAGCAAUUAUCAAUUUGAUUCUUUGUUGGGGUUCAAA